GGUGCUUUGGCGUGAUGUCUCCGGUGCUCGGAUAGGAUGAUCCGCGGAAACGGCGCAAAAUGUUCCUGCAACUUGUGAUCGUGCUCAUCUCAGGUUUGUCACUGGUGGCUGCUGUUCGCCUAACGACCCCAGAAGUGUCUCCCCGUGACUCCAGCUAUGUCCUGUACAAGAGUACUUCAGAAAUCACGUGUACCGUUAUGGGGAAGGAGUGUCUCAAUGGCGGCACAUGCUACGUCAACGGUCAGGGAGCUUUUGCAUGCAGCUGCCCUCCUGGAUUUGUGGAGCCAUUCUGUCAAAUCAGUAACCCCUGCCACAGCUCCCCCUGUCAGCAAGGGGGCAUCUGCCAACUUCAGGGAGCAGGAGAGGAUUACACCUGUCUGUGCCGUCAAGGGUUUGAAGGGCAGCACUGCGAGCUGGAAACUGACGAGUGCCUCAGCUCCCCCUGUCGUAAUGGUGCCAGCUGCCAUAACACUUUUGGGGGCUUUGUGUGCAUUUGUGACUCUGGCUGGGAGGGCCCUCUGUGCAACCUUCAUGUGAAUGCCUGCCUCUCUGAUCCCUGCUACAACGGGGGCACCUGUGUCCUCAAGCCCAAUGGCCACUUCAUCUGCAGUUGCCUGGUAGGAUUUGCUGGACUCACUUGUGAGAUCAACAUCGACGACUGCGCCAAUCAUCAAUGUAACCAAGAAAGUGCCCGAUGUGAGGAUGGCAUAGGGACAUAUCGUUGUGUCUGCAACGAGGGCUUCACUGGCAUCUUCUGUACGGAAGCCAUGGACAGGUGUUUAUCAUCCCCUUGCCUGAAUAACGGCGUCUGCAGAUCUGUUCUGGAUGACUAUGUCUGCGAUUGUCAAACUGAACCCUUGUUUUACGUCGGGAAAAACUGUGAAGAUCUUUAUAAUGCCUGUGCCAACCAGCCAUGCCAUGCCUCCAGGAACUGUACAAGUGAGCCAGGCAAGUCAGAAUUCAGCUGCGGGUGCCCCCUAGGAUUUGCGGGAGCAGAUUGCACCAUCAACAUCAACGAAUGUGAGAGCAAUCCCUGCCAGGGAUAUCAGACCGAAUGUGUGGACGGAGUCAAUGGGUACACCUGUCAGUGUCCUAAUGGCUACAUGGGCGAGGACUGCCAGGCUGCUAUAAACAACUGCUCUGCAGGACCCUGCAGAAAUAAUGCCACUUGUGUAGAUGUGCCCGGUGGCUACCAGUGUAGAUGCCAGGCAGGUUUCCAAGGAGAGCACUGCGAGGAAAACAUUGACGAAUGCCAAUCCAGCCCUUGCAAGAAUGGUGCCAUCUGCUUGGACGGUCUAAAUACCUACUGGUGCUUUUGUGUGCCCGGCUUCCAGGGGUACAACUGCGAGAUUGACAUCAACGAGUGCGCCUCCCGGCCGUGUGAGAAUAACAGCACCUGCGUCAAUGAGAAGGACCAUUACAUGUGCAUGUGCCAACCGGGGUACACAGGCGUGAACUGUGAAGUGAAUAUCAAUGAAUGUGAAUCUUCUCCCUGCCAGAAUGGAGCCUCUUGCGUGGACUACGUCAACUUGUUUUUGUGCGUCUGUCCAGAGGGUUAUGAGGGUUCACUUUGCGAAAUUAACAUCGACGAAUGUGCCAGACAGCCAUGCCAGAAUGGAGGCACCUGUCAGGAUGCUGUUAAUGGGUAUCACUGUGACUGCCAUGGAACAGGAUUUGUGGGGGACGCCUGUGAAAUCGACAUUCCCGAGUGCUCGUCUAACCCUUGUGCUAACAACGGGAUCUGCCUGGAGGGAAUUAACGGCUAUUCCUGCCAGUGCUGGUCAGGCUAUGAAGGCCAUCAUUGUGAAGAAGACAUUGAUGAUUGUGCAGAAGAGCCAUGUGCCAAUGGGGGACACUGUUAUGAACGCUCCAACCAGACCUACUAUGGCAAGAUAGAAGAGUUGAAUGAAAGCUUCAGCUAUCACACAGCUGCUGGCUAUGUGUGCCACUGCCAGCCGGGGUUCGCAGGUGAGAACUGCUCCAUCAACAUUGACGAGUGCGCUUCCAUGCCUUGCCAGAAUGGUGGCAGCUGUAAGGAUGGAAUCAGAGAAUAUGCCUGCCUGUGCCCACCUGGAUUUGCAGGAUUUGUAUGCGAGACAGACAUUGAUGAAUGCCAAAGCAACCCUUGCAAGAAUGGAGGUAUAUGUGAAGAUGAGACGGCAGACUAUCUUUGCCACUGUCCACCACCACAUGAGGAUGGUCUGCCCUGGGGAGGGAAAAACUGUGACAUCGAGUUAUCAGGCUGUUUGGAGAACCAGUGUAAAAAUGGUGCAAUGUGCAUACCCACACUUGAAGAUGGGGCGCAUAAUUACCACUGCCAAUGCCCGCCAGGUUUUUAUGACAUGUUUUGUGAAACCUCAACUACGUUUUCCUUUUCUAAAGGAGGAUUCAUUCUCAUUGACACCUUGAAUUCCAACAGAAGCAGAAGAGGUUUGGAUCAGGCCAGUAUGUGGAUCAGCUUGCGUUUUAGAACCACUUUGACGGACAUGAUAAUAUUUUACUGGGGAACAUCGUCUAGCUUUCUAAACUUGGAAAUUAUAAAUGGGCUGCUUCUAGCCGUGGCUCACAUUGAUGGCUUGAGUACCAAUUUGUCAUUAGCAGAAUAUGUCAGUGACGGAGAGUGGCAUCAAGUGACAGUGAAUAUGAGCAAUGAUUUUAGUGGAAUAAGCCUGUGGAAUAAAAACUGUAAGCACGAAUCAGAUAGAUGUUAUACAGAAGUCCCCAUGACGUCACACAGCCACCUGAAAGGUGACUUUAGGGUGAUCUCCAUGGGUGGGACAAUAGAUGAGUUUCUGGACAACACUGUCAGCAGGACUAAUUUUACAGGGUGCAUUGAAGAUGUGCUCAUCAAUUCCCAGCCGCUUCUCCCUGAAAGCCUCGCCAAGGAUGCGUCGUUUGGCAUGGAGCUUGGAUGCCACAAAACAGAAUGGUGCAAUGCAGUGCCUUGCUCAAGUAAUGGAACCUGCGUGGACUUAUGGACCUCGUACCGAUGUGAUUGCUUCCGGCCCUUCUACGGUGCAGACUGUUCCUUGGAGUACACACCCGUGACGUUCGGCUAUGAAGACAACAGGAGCCUCUCCUCCUUCACCGUCAACAGCAGACACGGCUCUGAAUUUGUUGUCUCUUUUUUCCUUCGGACACGGAAGACAGAAGGUUUGAUAUUCCAGCUGUGGAACGAUACCCAUGCAUAUUUCACAAUAUAUUUGAAACAGGGCCGAGUCUGUGUCCGGACUUUGUCCAGACUUGAAGCCAUAUUCCCUAUCUAUAUUACCAAUGGUGAGAAAGAGCUGAUUGACGUGCAUUUCUCCAACGGUCAGGUUGAGAUCAGCCAUUUCGACUGGAAGUACAAGUCGACUCGCCUGCCCACCGUCUCACUGGAGGCAGGUGAUGUGGUGUACAUCGGGGGCCACAUAGAAGAAGACUACACUAGAGAAUGGGGCGGUUAUCUCAAAGGGUGUCUUCAGGACCUGCAGCUUGACAGGAAGCGUGUGGAUUUCUUCUCGGAGCAGUCAAGUAACGCAAGUGCGGCCUGGUAUGGUGAGAAGAUCCUGGUCAACGUAAGCGAGGGAUGCCUCAGUGACGACACUUGCUCGCCCAACCCCUGUGACAAUGGAGGAAGAUGUAACAUCACCUGGAACGACUUUGUGUGCUCCUGCCCUACCAACUUCACGGGGCUCACGUGCCAAACGAGAGUCUGGUGUUCCAGUGAGCCCUGCCCUCUGCACACCGUGUGUGUCGACAUUCCCGGUGGAUUUGAAUGUAUCUCAAACGCUACCUUUCAGAAUAACACUGUUCAGUAUGCUGCCAACGGGUCACUUCAGCGCCCAGUCACCUCGGUGUCAUUUGACAUUCGGACGCGGGAUGAAAACGCCGUUCUCCUGUGGGCCACAAGUGGAGGCGAGUUGUUUUGCAUCACCCUGCACGACUCCACGUUGCAUGUGAAGCUGCGGGCCGGGAGUAGUGUGGACAGUCUGUCCAGCGACGACAACAUCACCGAUGGCACCUGGCAUCACGUCGCUGUCACCCUCAAGGAACAGUCCUCGGGCCGCUCCAGGUGGACAGUCUCGGUCGAUGGAAAGGACAACUCAACUGUUACCUCCUCCCAGCUAAACUUCCUAAACAGGUCCACCAUCACGCUGGCAGAGAACUUUGAGGGCUGCUUCGGAGAAGUCAGGGUGGCUGGCAUUGUCCUCCCUUUUGUGGAAGGGCCCACAGCCCCGCAAGAGGAGAAAUUUGUCAAAAUCAGCAAAGGAGAAAUUCAGAUAGGCUGCCGAGGCUCUCUGGUCUGCUCCUCCAACCCCUGCCACAAUGGUGGAGAGUGCGCAGAUCUGUUCGACUUGUUCGAGUGCCGGUGCCCUCCUGGCUGGGCAGGCCAGUAUUGUGAGGACAAUAUCGAUGAUUGCCUGUCUAAUCCUUGUAUCCAUGGCACUUGCAACGACCUCCUCGAUGGCUACAAGUGUGAAUGUUCUGCGGGCUACGCUGGGCAGAACUGCAGUGAGGACAUCGAUGACUGCAUGAACCACCAAUGCCACAAUGGAGGAGCCUGCAAGGAUGCAAUCAACUCUUACCAGUGUGACUGCCCGCCUCAGUUCUCGGGGGUCUUUUGCGAGUUACCUUACCCUCCUCAGCGCUGUGGGAAGGAGCUCUGGUGUGAGAACAAUGGCAACUGCGUGGACGAGAGCUGGGGAGCCCACUGCAUCUGCCCGUCUGGUUACACAGGACAAAGAUGUGAAACGUACCUGAGGAACUGCGACUGCAACCCCUGCCACAAUGGAGGGACCUGUCGUGAUCUUGUCGAGAAGUACGAGUGCCUCUGCGGAGCCAACUUUGUGGGCCAGCACUGUGAAACUGAUAAACAGGAGCAGACAGACAGAAUCCCCCAGAUGGUCAUCGCUGUCCCGGUGGCCUGCGGCUGCCUGCUGCUCCUGAUCAUCGGCCUCAUCUUCAUGGUGCUCACCGCACGGAAGAAACGACAGUCAGAAGGAACGUACAGCCCGAGCCAACAGGAGGUGGCCGGCGCCCGCCUGGAGAUGGACCGCGUCCUCAAAGUGCCACCGGAGGAGCGCUUGAUAUGACCGGGGGGGAGGGGGCAGCAGGGGAGAGCUCACAGAAGGGCACUGCAUUUGAUCAGCCGAGACGUGAUGCCCCACAAGAGACGGUGGCAGACAUUCCCGGGACACAAAGCCCGGUGACAGGCCGGUUAGUGACGGCUUCCUCUAAUUUAUUGGACCUCGGACUCUUAAGCACUGCUGGCGAUGUCAUUCAAUCAAAGUGCCUGGCUUACAGAUUCCAAGACCUCGUCACUUUCCUAUUCGACGGGACACUUUGUGAGAACUCGACUUUUUAAUUUUUUAAUUUUUUUUUUUUUUGUAAAAUUCUUAUUGUUGUGAAGUUAUUUAUUCUUCUUUUAGAUAUCCUCAUAGGUUGUUUCGUUUUUGUACCUGUCGCAUUUUAAAUGAGUGUCACUGGAGUAAGAAAUAAGCUCCGCCCCCAACUCAUAACUGUAAGAAAUAAACUCCACCCACCUCACCCCAGACCCCGCCCAGCUCUUAACCAAUCAGACAAAUGCCCCAGAACUGUUGCUGUGCAGGCGGGAGUCCAGACUUGGGGGGUCCCUAUGUGACACUACUGAUGUCUGGAGUGUGGGGGGUCCCUAAGUGACGCUACUGAUGUCCAGAGUGGGGGGGUCCCUAAGUGACGCUACUGAUGUCCAGAGUGCGGGGUCCCUAAGUGACGCUACUGAUUUCCAGAGUGGGGGUCCCUAAGUGACGCUACUGAAGUCCUUUACUAUCCAAUGUGCAAAUCUACUGCCGGAGUUUGUAGGUCCACGUGCGGCUCGGACUGAUGUUGAUGAGGCCCAUGUCGGACCUUCUGAUUUGUAAGACUGUCUGAACAGCCCAGGGUGGGCUUCACAGCAGCGGCCUGCGAGCUCCUCCAGGACUGUGCCCGGUCACUCGAUAACAGAAAGGAGAGCGACUGGCGUGUUGUGCUCGUGUGCCACCUCGACACUCAUGUCCAUCAUCUGGAUGCCACACUGGACUCCUCAACCUGGAAUUAACUGGAAAGUCGGCUCAUCUCAAGAAGGACUAAAAUGUGAUUUUUUUUAAAAAAACAAAACAAAAAAAAAUGUCUUUUGAGGAGAGUGUAACUGUUGUCUGGUGUGACUUGACUUUAUUUUUCUGCAUGAUCAGGUGGGAAUUGGAGGCUGGUUGGUGGCUGCCAGCCCACUAGGUGCUCUAAAGCAACCCGAAGUGUGCAACUUGGUUUGUGGGGCUUGAGGCAUUUCAGUGAUGGCUGCUGGACCUCCGCAGAAGGGACAAGGGGACUGCAACUGAGAAACGGGAGGGACAGGAGCCUGAGGGGACGCUGGCCAGUUAUUCACUGGUGUUGGAUGGAGCGGCCACCUUGCGGGUGUCGGGUCGGGAGACCAAAUGUGUGCUGGCAGCUUAAAGCCCAAGGCUGUUGUGACACACAGCUCAGCAGCAAGAGGGGAUCGGGGGGCUCGUUUUUAAAAAAAAAACUUACAUGGCGCCUUUCUCAGCGAGCUUCAUGGAUGACAGCACCAGAUUACAAAAACGUUUAGUUUAUAUAGCGCUUGUCACAAGAAGCUUUACUAAACACACAAUAAAGUCCAAGGUAACAAACUAAACAAAAAGAAUAAGCCUGUGAUUGUUGUAUAUAGCGCCUCUCACAGCAGGCACCACCAGAAGAACCGAUUAAGACAGCAAAACAUGGAAGAGUACAAAAGGGGCGUUUAUAUAGCGCCUUGCACAACACCUGUCAUCAGAAUGUGAAACACAAAACCCCAGAGGAUGACAUCCCGAAGUUUAUAGCGCCUUAAACAGGAGGCCGCAACAGACACAAAUACAAAGGGAGUAGAAAACGCCAGAUUACAACUUCAAUAAAAAAGAAUGUUUAUAUAGCGCCUUACACAACAUCUGUAACAGAAGGUGCUUAAUGAAAAACACAGGAUAAAAAAAAAACUAAAAGAGCACUUAGUAUUAUAUAGCGCCUUUCACACUGAGCGUCAUCAGAAACACCGACAAAGAAAACAUACAAUACAAGAUUACAAGUUCAUAAAAAGAAUGAGUGUUUAUAUAGCGCCUCGCACACCACGUCUCAGCAGAAGACACAAAACUAAAAAGUCCUUCAGUGCCGUAUAGCGCCUUUCACAGUGGGCCUCAUCCCAGUCACCAGCAAAGACAAUAUGAAAUGCAAGAUUAGAAUCUAAAUUUGAUAAAAAAUAAUGUUUAUAUAGCGCCUUUCACACUGAGCAUCACCACAGCCGCAUACAAAGAUAAAAGGUCAGAUUACAACUUCAAUUUCAUAAAACAAAGGAAUGUUUAUAUAGCGCCUUUCACAACAAUUAGCAUCAGAAGGAACUUAAUGAAAGACACAAACAGAAAUGAGCACAGGAUAAAGUAAACCCUGAAAAGGUAGUUAGAAUUAUAUAGCGCCUUUCACAGUAAGCGUCAUCAGAAACACCAACAAAGGAUACAACGCAAGAUUACGAUCUAAAUUUUAAAAAAAAUGAGUGCUUAUAUAGCACCUUUCACAAA